AUGUGCUUUAGUGAGGAUGGGAAAUGGCUUUGGGAUGUAAAUUUAGCUAGACAGAUAGAUGCAAUACAAGUUGAUCUGUCUAUCACUGCAUUAUCUUUAUCGCCUAAUAUGGAUAUCUUGGCCACAUCACAUGUUGAUCAAAAUGGUGUCUAUCUGUGGAAACCUGAAAAGGCACCUUUUUUCUUGCCUUCAAUUCCAUCUCUGUCCGGUGAGAUAUUAUUUAAACCAAGUGAAGGUACUAAUGAGGAGAGUGAUGCACAAAAUACCAGAUUGGAAGAGAGCAGUAAGAAAACGGAUCUUCCAGUAUCCAAAUUCUUGCAAAUUCUCAAGUCAUGUGCGGAUAAAGAGAAUUUUGCACCAUUCACUAAUCAUAUCAAAAGCUUGUCUCCUUCAAUAUUGGAUAUGGAGCUGCGAAUGCUUCAGAUAAUAGAUGACGAUGACGAGCAGGAGCCUGAGAAGAGACAAGAAUUGCAUUUUAUUGAACUGCUACUUGAUUACUUUAUACACGAGAUUUCAUGCAGAAGCAAUUUCGAAUAUGUACAGGCUCUGAUUAGAUUGUUUUUGAAGAUUCAUGGUGAAACAGUCCGACGUCAGUCAAAACUGCAGGAGAAGGCAAGAAAGCUUUUAGAAGUUCAAUCUGCAGUUUGGCAAAAAAUAGAUAAAUUGUUCCAAAAUACCAGAUGCAUGAUCACGUUUCUUAGCAACUCCCAGCUUUGAUUAAUUUCAACGUGACAUCCCUUAGCUGUUGUAAUGUAAUUGCAAUUUUGUUUUUCUUUUCUUCUUUUUCUUAUAGGUAUAUUUUAUUAAAACAAUUUCACUUUAAUCCUAUUUUUAC